AUGACUUCGCUGGAGCUACAAGAGCGAAGCCUAGCAGUUGUUAUCGUCGAGUCAACUGCAUGUCUCACAAUGAACGUAAUAAGUGUAAUAGGGAACACUUUGGUAUGUUUCGCCGUGUACAGGAACCCUAAGCUUCGAUCUACAAUCAAUCUGUAUAUCAUUGCGUUGGCAACAAGCGAUCUUCUUUGUGCAACAGUAGAAAUGCCACUGGCAUCGGCAACUUUGAUCACCGGUCGGUGGAUGUUCGGCGACGCCUUAUGCUGGUUUCAAGGGUUUGUUGAUGUAUUCAUCACAUAUGUAACUCCUGCGACUAUGGGUUUGACGGCGUUCAACAGAUAUAUGCGGAUUGUCAAAACUCAUAGCUACAAUAAGAUAUUUUCACCUUGCAAGUCUAAAAUUUGGUUGAGUAGCUUGUGGAUAACCAUAGCGCUCUACAUCAUUUUGGGGCAAAUAACAAACUUUAACAGUUUUGAAUUCAUUCCUGGUUUCGCAGUUUGCAGCGUGGUUUUUAUGUCAGCAGAGAGUCGAUUCGCUCACUACUGUGUUCUAUUCGCGCUGAGUUUGGUCUUCCCACUUUCCAUCGCUUGUUAUAGCUAUUAUAAAAUUUUCACUAAAACCCUUAAACACAACAAUGACGUUGCGCCUUCGCUGGAGACGAACGUGAACAGAUUUGGAAAAGUUUCGGUGCAAGAGAUUAAGGUUUGCCGAGCCUUAGCGUUUAUCAUAGCAGGCUUUUUGCUAAGUUGGGUUCCCAUGUGGGCGUUUUUGUUUUGGAUGCGCUUUUCGCGCGAGACAGCCCCUAGAGGCAUACAGUUGGCGGCGAUACAACUUCUUUUUCUUAGCAGCACAAUAAACCCCUUUAUCUACGCUGCCACUAACCGAGCUUUUCGAAAUGAAUUCUACAGAAUGCUGUGUUGGUGGAAAAAGAGACGUAUCCAAGGUUCCGAUCUGGCUGUUGAAGGAUUCAAAGUGACUAGAGCAAAUGAAAACAGAGACCAAGAGUUGGAAACGAACAUGUAA